AUGCGGUUCUUAGUAGAUUCAGGUGCUGAUGUUAGUCUCAUUCCUGCGACUAAAUGUACUACAAAAGUAGAUGAUUUUAAAUUAUAUGCAGCUAAUGGAACGGAAAUUCCUACUUAUGGAAUUAAAAUUUUAACUUUAAAUUUAGGACUUAGAAGAGAAUUUCAAUUUCCGUUUAUAUUAGCUAAAGUUGAUAAAGCUAUUAUAGGAGCUGAUUUUCUAAAUAAAUUUAAACUUUUAGUUGACAUUCACAAUAAGAAAUUAAUUGAUGGAAUAAUUAACCUAUCUGUUCGAAGUAAUGUAACAACAGUGUUUUCUGAUCAUGCUAUUAGUACUCUAGAUAAAAAUUCUAAAUACGCUAAUUUGUUACCACAAUAUCCAGAUUUAACAAAACCGAAUUUAUCAGUAUCAACAUUUAAGCAUGGUGUUGAGCAUUAUAUUACAACUAGAGGACAACCGCAAUUUAUGUUUACACCAGAGCUAGACAACUGGAUCCCAAACGAUUACAAAUAG